AUGCCCUUGCGCAUCACCUCUGCUCCUGUUUCUGGUGUCAAGAAAAGAAGGAAACCAUCCAACACAACGCUCCGCUCUUCUCCAUUUGCCGGUCAUGCUCGUCGCAAAACUAUCACACAGUCAUCCACCGAUGUCAAAUCCAAUGAACCCAGUGGCGGAUUUUGGGAAGAGUAUGGCCAAGGGCCACUUCCGGAUAUUGGAAUGUCACGAUACAUCUCAGAGACUGCUCCGGUAGAGGAUGUUAUUCAGGCUAUAUGUCACAUCAAGAGUACUUUUUUCGAGGCCCUUCCCACUCGAACAGGCAUGAACAGCACCCGUGUCGCCGAGUUAUUAAAUCUUCGUCGGUCGCUGCCACCACUCGCCUCAGUGGCUCACAUCCAUACAUUACUGGAUGCACCAACGAAGGUGGAGAGAGAGAUAAUGGACUAUGUAAAUUCUGGCCGAAUCCGUCGAUUGAUUGUUCCAGGCAGAGGAAAUGACGCGGCUGGGUUAGGGGACUGCUUAGUUCUCUCGGAGGACUGGGAAAAACUUGUCCGAGACAGUUCUAUACGGUCCCAUAUGAAAGACAAGUUCCUGGACGUUCUCAGUCGACUCGGCGCCACUUUCGCUGUCCCUGAUACUCUGUUUUCUGCCCCGGAGUGCAUGACGCUUGUCGGUGCUGGAUUUCUGGUCUCCUCCUCGACUUCGGUCAAGGGAUCUCCAGGCGUAAUAUCGCUUCCGACCCUCCCACCCCCGGCUUCAUCUGGGAACUCGGCGAGUCGGGGUGAUACCGCUGCACUGGAUGACAAAGAAGGUACCGAGCGCUCUCGAUGUCAUACAACAGAUUUGUUCCUAUCUCUUCCAAACACAGGACCUUAUCUACGGCUUCUAGGCGCUGGCAGAGCGCAUCUCCUCUCACUUAUUAGAAAAUCAAACUCUGGCGAGCUGCCCCUCAAUCUACUCCGGGAUCGCUGGGAUGGGGCAGUCGAAACAGAUAAAGGUUUCAGCGCCGCGAAGAGAACAAGAGGCGAACACGCAGGUAUCUUGCCAGGUAGGACGAAGAAAUGGAAAGAACUGUGCGGAAUGAACUUUCGCUGGGUUCUAGAAGAGGCCCUCGGAGCUGGUUUGAUCGAGAUCUUCGAUACCGGUAGUGUUGGUCCAGGGGUACGGAAUCUAUGA